AUGUCAGGUGUUUUGGAAAUUUGCUUUAACGGGACUGGAAGUCCGGCGUCCCCAAGUGCCACUGCGGCUCAAGAACUUUGCAACGCCAACUUGUACGACCCCUACGACAAGCACUUUGAGGAGCUUCUUUACAGAUGCCUUGCAAAUGCCCCUCUGGAGGCGCUAGAGCAAAUCGAUCUGAAGCAGGAAAAAAAUUGGGUUUUGUUUGCCGAUGGGUAUUACUUUCCCAAAUCUGGUCACCAAUCAAUGGAUAGAUCAAGCCGUGGACAUGACUUUUUGAUUGGCCUCACCACCGGCGAAUGGGCGUUUUUGAAAAUCUGUUUGCAAAGUACAUGGGCAAGACGGACUACUCUGGCGCUCAGAUUUCGCAAAACCAUCACCACUUACAUGGGAAUUUCCGACAAACGGCUUAAUACUUUGGAAAAUUUUUACACUCAAAAAUACGACCCGAAGCUGUAUUCGACGAGAGCAACGACUAACGAAACAGCGAUCACAGCCGAACAAUGGUUUUGGUUUGAAGUCGUGGUCAACUCAAUGACCGACCUUGUGGUGCCUCCUUCGCUUUUUGUUUACACCUAUAACGCGACUUUGGCGGCCCCAUCUUGGAAUCAAAAUCAGCACGCAUCGCAUUCAGAUGAGCUUCCGUGGCUCUUUGGAGAUUUGAAUAAAAUCGGAAGGGAAUCUCCGGGCUACCAAAAAGUUUUGCUCUUUUUUGCUAAAAACGGGCAACUCGGGAACUUUGGAACGACUGGACCCAAAAGGGAGUUUGACUGCGGCAAAACGAGCGUGGACCCAACUUCUUGGAACUUUGGCCCAAGAAAUCUUAAGAUUCAUCAAGGAGUGGAUUCUAAAGAUUCAAGCUACCCCUAUUUUGUUCGCGUGGAACAUGUGGAUGAGACAACUAAUCUGAAGACCAAUUGCGGCGGAUCCUAUAUUGCCCCAAAAUGGGUUCCUGACGGCGGCAAGCUGCGUCGGAAAAAUGUCCGAUGGUAUUACUAUUUGAGCUACAGGUUCAGGCCAGGCAAUAAAUUUGAGGUACAAGCUCAAAGCCAGACUGCUCGUGUUUGGGAUCACGGUGACGUCGCUCUCUUAGAGCUGGAAACGGAUAUUGAG